AUUUUAAAAUCCAUUACAUAUCUGAUUCAGCCCUAAUAAGGUGGACAACUCAAUCAUGUUGUCCAGGCAAUUUGUGCUUUUCAAGGGGCUGGUCCGUUGGCAUUAGUAGUAUAUCAGGGAGAGGGGUUGGGAAAUUAAGGACAUGAGUUGUAAAUGUCAGUCAGAUAUCAGUCUUGUGCAGUUCAACUUAUGGUCCGUUUUAUGUGACUCUGGUUAGUAGGGGUACGUCGACAGUAAGGAUGAUUUGUGAAUCAGCUUUGGGUGACAGCUGUCCAAUUAACGCGCCUACGAAGAAAAAUUCAUGUGGCAGAGAAUUCGCCCGACUUGGUUUGUAAUCUUUUCACACCAAAAAUAAGAAGUUUGACAUUCUUUAACUUGCCUCAAAUGCUCAACACUGUGACAAGAAGACCUUUCGAUCUUUUUUUUAUAUUAUACAAUGGCGGAGUUUUCCCAAGGAUUACGAUAUGGCGAUAUGAAGCUGAGAGAUACCUGUUAUUUUUUCAUUCCAUCGAUGAACGACUUUUCAUGCCACGCGUGAUUUAAUGCUGGCAAAGGUGCCAUUAUGAAUCGAUAAAUACAGAGCUUAGAGCCCAUUUUUUUGAAAGCCAAUUCCGCAGAACCAUAUUCUUGACAAUUCCCAUUCCAUACCAAAGACCAUUCCUGAAUUUUUAUUCCACGGGUCUUCCACUGGUCAGAUGAAACGAAGGCUCUGAAACCCCUUCGAUAGUACUCACUCGAUGGGACAUUCGAUUGUUCGCUCAACCAAGCUUACUCCGAAAGGAUUCCCGUGAACAUUGGAAUUAUUCUCUUUUCGUUGGCGACAUGUUAGUUGGAAGCAUAAAGGUGUGGUCUUGAGGAUGACACAUUAUGCAACCGAUGGCGUGAGUAAUGUUUGAGAAGGAAGAAAAUUACUUGAGAAAAAUCAAGAAUGAUCAUUCCAAAGCGACGCAUUGUGUUCUACUUUGUGGUCAUAACAUCUUCUGUAUGGAUUUAUUUGGCGGUGUACAUUAUCUUUAGCAAUAAGCUUGAUACGGAAGUAAGUAAUCCUGGUGAUGCAACAAUUUACAACUUGCUUAUGUACGACAAAACUCCAGAUAGAAACCCUGACAAACCAGGAGAAUGGGGUGCCGGCGUGUCGCUUAAUUUUCUAGAAAAGAAAAGAGAAGAACAAGGCUUUAGUGAUCAUGCAUUUAACCGCGUCGUAAGCGACAAGAUUUCGUUGGAAAGAAACCUUCCCGAUGUACGAAAUUCCAAGUGUAAAACAAAGAAAUAUCCUGUGAAUCUUCCGACAAGUACUGUUAUUAUAUGUUUUCACAAUGAAGCCUGGUCUACUCUGUUAAGAACAGUGCAUAGUGUUAUCAACAGAACUCCUCCACAGUUACUGAAAGAAAUCAUUCUUGUAGAUGAUGCAAGUGAGCGAGAUGAACUGAAAACAAAGCUUGAUGACUAUGUUGCUAAGCUCGGAGUUGUUAGGAUUAUUCGCCUUCCAGAAAGACAGGGUCUCAUUCGUGCAAGACUCAAAGGAGCAUCAGAAGCUAAAGGACAGGUUUUGACAUUCUUGGAUGCUCACUGUGAAUGUUCUAAGGGCUGGCUGGUGCCGCUUCUUGCUAAAAUUGCUGAGAAUCGUUCAAAUGUAGUAAUGCCUGUCAUAGAUGAAAUUAGUGAUCAGAAUUUUUAUUAUCAUGCUGUGCCAGAGCCAUUCCAUAGAGGAAUUUUUCGUUGGCGGCUAGAGUUUGGUUGGAAGCCUGUUCCUCAAUAUGAGAUGGAAAGGCGUAAAGAUGGAACUGAUGGUAUAAGGACCCCGGUGAUGGCAGGAGGUUUGUUCUCUAUUGAUAAAAGUUACUUUGAGGAAAUAGGAACUUAUGACACUGGAAUGGAUAUUUGGGGUGGAGAAAAUCUUGAAAUAUCUUUUAGGGUCUGGAUGUGUGGAGGCACCAUUGAAAUGCUUCCCUGUUCACGUGUUGGACACGUGUUCAGACCUCGCUUCCCGUACUCAUUCCCCGCUCGUCCAGGUGGCGACCUUGAUGUUGUAAGUCGUAAUCUUAUGAGAGUGGCAGAUGUGUGGAUGGAUGAAUACAGUAAACAUUUCUACAACAUCCGCUUUGAUCUGAAACGAAAGAAACACGAUGACGUCAGUGAAAGACUUGCUCUUAGAAAGACGUUAAAGUGUAAAAGUUUCAAGUGGUACUUGGAAAAUAUUAUACCUGAAUUAGAAGUUCCAGAUACAAACUUUGUGGCUGCUGGCCAGAUUCGAAAUCCUUCCAGUGAUAAAUGUCUGGACACCCUGGGAAAGAAGGAUGAUGCACCUCUUGGACUUUACCAGUGUCACGGUCAGGGAGGCAACCAGUAUUUUGUUUUGACGAGUAAAGGAGAACUGAAAUCAGAGGAUAACUGUUUGGAUUAUAACGGAUAUGAUUUGUACUUGAGAGAAUGUGAUGGACUCCAACAGAAUCAGAAGUGGGUAUACAAGAACUCGAAACUCUAUCAUCCUCGUCGUGAUGUGUGUAUCGACCGAGGCUCCCAAAAUACUGAGCAUGCAAAGGUCCGCGCGUGCGAUGGAAGACUGGCGCAAGUCUGGGAAUUCUCCAAAACAGAAGACAUGGACUAGUGCGCAGCCGGUCUGCGCAUAGUCAAAGAGCUAAGCACCGGAGUAGUCCGGCCUGGACUGGUGAUCUAAGGAAUAAGACCACUUGGUGAUGUCAGCUUCAACAUAAGCUUAUCAAAGGAGAAGAAGAGACGUGAACUUUUGGCGGCACGGGAGUACAGGGGGUCGCUCCAAGCCCAGCUGUUUUAUUCAACUAAAACAAUGUUUCUCCAUGCCAGCACGUCCCGUGCUACCACUUCUGAAUAGAACUUUAUGGCGUGCCCUCCAACGUUCCGGCCUAUCGAGCUGCAGCUGAAUUUUAGGACUUAAAGGAUUUUCAAAUGUUCAUUUAUAUUAUAAACUAUUUUAAUUUUACGUAACGGGUUCCUCAACUUGUCGUUUAGAUUUCCUUUCCUCGUCGUCUUCUACAAAAACUCGGGCAGAUAUUUCAACGUUUCGUAAGUGUUCGCUUUACAUUCUAUACUCUUGAGACUUCACCAAGUGGUUACGGUCUACGAACUGGAGAUGUGUGUGUUAACUUGUGUGGAUUAGAGAACGCUUUAAAGGCGGAAACGUCAAACCUCUUUGUAAACUUAGCCUGUAGUAGCAAUUGGUUUUCUGGCUUGUUUAAAUGCCACAAAGAAACAUUGUCUCCGAACAUCUACCAAGAAACUGUUCAUGCCACACAAACAGAGUUGUCUGAGAAUGACGCAAUAAACAGAGAAGAACCCGUUA